UGGUGUCGGUCGGUGAGCAUAGGUGUACUGAUUUUGAAUAGGUUAUGUUUACAAUUUUUUGAGUGAUUGAAAUUUUAUUAAAAGACAAAUAAUGCAGGUUUCAGAUCCGAAUAAUGUUAAAAUAUACAAUCUUAGUGCAGGAAAAUCUCUGCCUGAUUGGCUAUCAGAUCGCAAAAGGAGGGCUCUUCAAAAUAAAGAUAUUGAUGUUAGACGCAGGAUAGAGCUGAUACAGGACUUCAGCAUGCCUGGUCUCAGUACGUCAGUGAAACUGUCUCCAGACAACAAUUACAUUCUCACAACUGGUAUCUACAAGCCCAGAGUACGAUGUUACGACGUCAACAAUUUGUCCAUGAAGUUUGAGCGGUGUUUUGACUCUGAAGUGGUCACCUUCCAGGUUCUGUCAGAUGACUACUCUAAGUUGGUAUUUCUGCAAUGCGAUAGAUAUGUAGAGUUCCACAGUGCUGGUGGCCGUUACUUCCGUCUGCGAAUCCCCAAGUUUGGCAGAGACAUGCGAUAUCACCUAUCAACCUGUGAUCUUUACCUGGUGGGCUCAGGAAGUGACAUCUACCGACUGAACCUGGAGUUGGGACAGUUUCUCAAUCCAUUCAUGAGUGAAGCUUCCGAGAUCAACAAAGUGGCCAUCAACCCUGUCCACAGGCUAGUGGCUGUAGGGACUAGGGAGGGCAAGGUGGAGGCCUGGGAUCCUCGCAGUAGGGGUAGAGUAGGGCUCCUGGACUGUGCCCUUAGUGCCAUCACCCCCGACACUAACCCUGAUAUGUCUGGGUUUCCAUCGGUAACUGCCCUGGAAUUUCACGGAGCAUUGAACCUGAGUGUGGGCACAGCGUCAGGUCAGGUCCUGCUGUACGAUGUGCGUUCAGACAAGCCUUUACGUGUCAAGGAUCAUAUGUACGGUUUGCCCAUCCGAGACAUUGCUUAUUGUCAGGAUCAUGUUCUCAGCAUGGAUUCUUCUGUCAUCAAGAUAUGGAACAAGGAUUCUGGAACUCUGUUCACAUCUAUAGAGGCGGGAAACAUUACUCAGUUCAACAACUUGUGUUCGGUACCCAACUCUGGUCUCAUGUUCAUAGCCAACGAAGCCCCCAAACUGCUCACCUACUAUAUUCCUAGUCUAGGCCCAGCACCCAAGUGGUGUGGUUUCCUCGACAACCUGACAGAGGAGUUGGAGGAAACCGUGAUGGAGACAGUAUACGAUGACUACAAGUUCGUCACCAAAAACGAGCUGGAAGAUCUUGGUCUUUCACAUCUUAUUGGAACGAACUUGCUGAGAGGCUACAUGCAUGGCUACUUCAUUGACAUCCGACUCUAUCGUAAGGCUAAAUCUGUAGCAGAGCCUUUCGCUUUUGAAGAAUAUCGCCGACGGAAGAUCAGAGAGAAAAUUGAAGAGGAGCGUAAAAAUAGAGUUCAAAUUCAGAAACUACCUAAAGUUAACAAGGAUCUUGCUCUGAAGUUGAUGAAUGAUGCGUCAAAUGAGAAGAAAAAGAAGAAAAAUACAGGAGAUCUCUUAGCAGACGACAGAUUUAAAGAUCUUUUUGAAAAUCCAGACUUCCAAGUUGACAAAAAUGCUGAGGAGUACAGAUUGCUAAAUCCUGUAUUGUCACGUUUGGACAAAGCCAAAGUUAAAGAGAUGAAGAAGAAGCUAGCAGAGCAGUUUGAACCAGUCGAGGAUGAAGAGGAAGGAAAGGCAAGUUCAGAGGGUGAGAGUAUGGAAGACUCGAGUUCAGAGGAUGACCAGGAGCUGUCCAAAGAACUUAGAAGAACUCACCGACAGAUCACCAGGGAGAGGCGGCAGAAGGAAUGGGAGGAGCGGAAAAAAGUGGAGGAAGAAGGGCAAGAAGAGGGAAAACAUCGGCAACCCAAAUUUUACGAACUUAAAGCUGGAGAGGAAUUUGGAGGAGUUAGUGCGCCUAAGAGGCAUCAAAUUAACAAGGCAACUCUUGAAGAAAGGCUGAAACAGGAAUAUCAGAAUAACAUCAGAGUCCUUACAACAGGCAACAGAGAAAUGACUUUCACAGUCAAAAAGAAGGGGGUGAGGAAUGCAGAAGCGAUUGCCAAACAUCACGAGGAGCGUAAGCAGCUUAUGAGGCCUCCUCCAAAGGGACUGGCUCGAUCGAAGUUUUUUUCUGGGAUGAAAAGAAGAAGAUAACAUAUGUACUAUUAUGUUGGUUUUUCUCUAAAUGAAGAUUGAUAAGCAAAUUGCACUCACUUCACUGAGACUUGAACCUGGAUCUCUUGCAUUCAAUUUAAAUUUAUUUGGAUGUACAAACCAAAUACAGUUCACUAAGUACUUUUUGUUCAUCAAUCUUGAUUUAAUAAAACUCGUGUAUUGAUACUAUUCAUACAAUGCUGUUUUGUUGUUAAUAUAUGUAUUUUUAUACUGUUGUAAAUAUAAAUGUUAUUUAAAA